AUGCCUGAUCUGUUUCUGUUUGUGUUUCUCCUUGGUUUUUAGUUGCUUACUUCCUUUGGUUCCCUAAUUUUUUGAAAUUCUCGGGUUUUCGUUUUGAGUACACGACAGUUAGGAUGUUCGAAUUAUAAAUGAGAACUUAUUUUUAGAAAAACGCUUAACUCAUCAUCUAGGGUCAGAGUCUGAGUGAUUUUAUGUUGCCCAACUCGUAGCGCCUAGGUGGCUGCGUAGACCGAUUUCUAGAACACGUGUUGUACAUGAUAGUUAGGAUGUACAAAUUAUGAAUGAGAACCCAUUUUUGAAAAAAAAGGCCUAAUUCACUGUCUAGGUCGAGUCCGAGUGAUUUCAUGUUGCCUAGCUUCUAGGUGGCUGCUUAGAUCGAUUUUUAGAACACUGAUUAUAAACUGAGGUCUUAUGGGCAAAUUCUUGGGUUUGUUGAUUGGUAAACAUGAGAGGGUGUGUAUUAAAAUAUUGGAAGAGGAGUUGUUUAAUCUGUUUCUUUAUAUGACACAAGUUUGUCUUGUAACUAAUUUCUCUCCGAGGUAGUGUCAGAAUUAAAGGUGAGAUUCAAACUUGGAGAAGUGAAAAAACCUAAAUUUUAGCUAUAAGUUUUUGCGGUGAAAGUGAAGAUGGGGAGAGCUACUAGAUGGUUGAGGGGCUUAUUGGGGAAGAAGAAGGAGAAGGAAAAUGUCGAUAAUUCUAAUUUAAGUGAGACGAAUGAUAAGAGGAGGCAGAGUUCUGUUAAGGCUGCUAAGGAUCGCGGUGUUGUGGAUAAAACUCGAGGGAAGAAUAAUUAUGCAAGUGAUUCCAAUAGGUCGAGAUCUUAUACGUCUGAGUCGGAGAAAGAGCAGAAUAGGCAUGCAAUUGCUGUUGCUGCGGCCACAGCAGCUGCGGCUGAUGCUGCUGUUGCUGCAGCUCAGGCGGCAAUGACUGUUGUUAGACUUACUAGCCAAGGGAGAGGAGUUGUAUCGGCUACUGGCAGGGAGAAGUGGGCUGCGAUCAAGAUUCAGUCUGUGUUUCGAGGUUUUCUGUCACGGAAAGCUCUCCGGGCUCUGAAAGGUCUGGUGAAACUACAAGCUCUUGUCAGAGGCUACCUUGUGAGGAAGAGAGCUGCUGCCACUCUUUAUAGUAUGCAAGCUCUCAUCAGAGCUCAGGCCUCUAUUAGAUCUCAGAGGGCUCGUCGUUCUUUCAACUAUGAUCAGCAUUGUCAGCCAGUAACCCGACAUAGAAAGUCAAUUGAGAAGUUUGAGGAGAGACAUGAAUUUCAUAGCAAGAGGUCUUCAGCUUCUUAUGAAACAAAAUAUACUGCCUUUGACGAAAGCCCCAAAAACGUUGAAAUUGACACAACGAGAUCAAGGUCACGCAGGAUUGUAACAUCUUCAUCCGAUUCUGGCGAAGACCCGUAUUUCCAAAGUAGCAGUUCACCUGUUUCAAGCGCAGUUCCUGCUCGUAUCCACAUCCCUGAUCAUCAACAUUUUGAAGAAUUUGAUUGGAAUUUCAUCGGUGAAAAACAUAAACUUCCAACUGCACAUAGCACUCCGCGAUUUGCAAACUCUGAAUACUCAAACAUACCAGCCACACCGCCCAAGAGCUUAUACGGCGACAGCUUCUUAAGGCCAUACUCAAACCACCCUAGUUACAUGGCCAACACGCAGUCUUUCAGAGCAAAAUUGCGGUCUCACAGUGCUCCUAAGCAAAGACCAGAACAGGGGCCAAAAAAGAUGUCACUCACUGAAAUAAUGGCGUCGAGGUCUAGCUUCAGCAGUGUUAAAAUGCAGCGAUAGCUGUCUCAUUGUUCCGAAAAAUUUGUAUGUCCUAUCGAAACUGAGUCAAUGGCUGGAUAUAUACUAGUAGAUUUUAGUUAAUAGGGAAGUUACAUUCUCAUGAACUUCUUUAGCGCUUUGUUCUUCAAGUAGCAGUAGUCAUGAAAGCAACAGAAUAUAGCUGAGUGCUUGCUGUAAAUUUUAUCUAACUAGUUUGUUUAUUUCA